AUGUCGAAUGCCCCUUAUAAUUCAUCUGUGCCUUCUAUUUCAUCCAUGACCCAGUCUUCUGCCUCAAGAAGUCCCAACAUGCACAUAGCAACCACUCCCGGCGCUAACACCAGCUCCAACUCUCCGCCACCCUUGCACAUGUCCUCGGACUCCUCCAAGAUCAAGAGAAAGCGCAACAGAAUCCCGCUCAGCUGCACCAUCUGCCGGAAAAGGAAGGUCAAGUGUGACAAGUUCAGGCCCCACUGCCAACAGUGUACCAAGACUGGAGUGGCGCACCUCUGUCACUACAUGGAGCAGACUUGGGCGGAAGAGGCAGAAAAGGAACUGCUGAAGGACAAUGAGCUGAAGAAACUAAGGGAGCGCGUUAAGUCUUUGGAGAAAACUCUUUCCAAGGUUCAUUCCUCGCCCUCCUCCAAUUCCUUAAAGAGCUACAACACUCCCGAGAGCAGCAAUCUGUUCAUGGGCAAUGACGAACACUCCACCCUCGUCAACGUCAACACGGGCUCCGUUUCCUCCGCCUCUCAUAUGCAACAGCAGCAACAGCAACAGCAACAGCAAGACUUCUCCAAGAACGCAAACGCGAACUCCUCGUCUCUUUCCAUCUCCAAUAAAUACGAUAACGAUGAGUUGGACCUAACCAAGGAUUUCGAUCUUUUGCAUAUCAAAAGCAAUGGUACCAUCCACUUAGGUGCUACCCACUGGCUGUCUAUCAUGAAAGGUGACCCCUACCUAAAACUUUUGUGGGGCCAUAUCUUUGCUAUGAGGGAAAAACUAAAUGAAUGGUACUACCAAAAAAAUUCAUAUUCCAAGCUGAAAUCAAGCAAGUGCCCCAUCACGCACGCGCAAGCACCCCCUUCAGCUAUAACCGCUGCUGCAGCUGCCCCCACCAGAAAAUGCCCCGUAGACCACACCACAUUCCCACCUGGAAUGAUGGCUCCCAAGGAGGAGACUGCAGUCCCAAGGAAGUGUCCUGUCGACCACACCAUGUUUUCUUCGGGGAUGAUCCCGCCAAGAGAAGAUACUCCCCCCCAGAAGAGAUGUCCCGUUGACCACAUCAUGUUUUCCGCAGGGAUGAUGCCUCCUAAGGAGGAAACUCCUUCACCAUUUUCUGCCAACCACCACAACAAGCAUACAAUGAACCCACCCCAAUCGAAAUGUCCCGUAGACCACAGAAACUACGCAAAGGAUUUUCCUUCCGACAUGGGAAAUUCGUCUCCCAAUCCAGCAAAUCGCUGUCCCGUUGAUCAUUCAAACAUGAAAAAAACUACUACCGCACCACCAUCGUCCCACAACGCUAUACCACACCAUCAACCCCAAUCCCGCUCUCACUCCCGUUCGCAUCCUUCGCAAAAGAGGAAAAUGGACACCGACUUGACAGAACCCGAAGUACUCGCAACACUUUGUGAAAUGUUACCACCUAAACGCGUCAUCGCACUAUUCGUUGAAAAAUUUUUCAAGCACUUGUAUCCUGCCAUCCCAAUCUUGGAUGAACAGAAUUUCAAAAACCAUGUGAAUCAAAUGCUUUCACUAUCGUCGAUGAACCCCACCGUCAGCAACUUCGGCAUGGGCAUGCCAUCCUCGUCUUCAUUGGAAAACCAACCCAUCACCCAAAUCAACCUUCCAAAACUUUCCGAUUCUUGCAAUCUAGGCAUCCUGAUAAUAAUCUUGAGAUUGACGUGGCUGUCCAUCCCCUCCAACUCCUGCGAUGUCGACUUGGGCGAGGAGAGUGGCUCAUUCUUGGUACCCAACGAAUCAAGCCACAUGUCUGCGUCUGCGCUGACUUCAAUGGCCAAGGAGGAAUCCCUCCUUCUAAAACAUGAAACCCCAGUGGAGGCAUUGGAACUAUGUCAAAAAUACCUGAUCAAAUUCGAUGAACUUUCUAGUAUCUCCAAUAACAACGUCAAUUUGACCACGGUACAAUUCGCCAUUUUCUACAACUUUUACAUGAAAAGUGCCUCCAACGAUUUGACCACUUUGACAAACACUAACAACACCGGGAUGGCUAACCCCGGUCACGACUCUGAGUCACACCAGAUCCUGUUGUCCAACAUUACUCAAAUGGCCUUCAGUUGUGGGUUACACAGAGACCCUGAUAACUUCCCUCAAUUAAACGCCACCAUUCCAGCAACCACUCAGGAUAUGUCCAAUAACGGUAACAAAAAAACAACCUCCAACGCGAAUGCCAGUUUGAAUAAUAACGCAUCUGCCAUUACUACCCAUAGUAAUAGUAGAUCUGGUAGCGCUGAUUCAAGAAGUGGUUCGAAUCCGGUAAACAAGAAGGAAAAUCAAGUUAGCAUUGAAAGAUUUAAACAUACUUGGAGGAAAAUCUGGUAUUAUAUCGUUAGUAUGGACGUCAAUCAAUCUCUCUCCCUGGGUAGCCCUCGACUGCUAAGAAACUUGAGAGAUUUCAGUGAUACUAAAUUACCAAGCGCCUCUAGAAUUGAUUAUGUCCGCGAUAUCAAGGAAUUAAUCAUUGUGAAAAAUUUCACACUUUUUUUUCAGAUUGACUUGUGUAUUAUUGCUGUAUUGAAUCACAUUUUGAACGUUUCUUUGGCAAGAAGUGUAAGGAAAUUCGAGUUGGAUUCUUUGAUUAAUCUGCUGAAAAAUUUAACCUACGGCACUGAGAAUGUUAAUGAUGUGGUGAGCUCUUUAAUCAAUAAAGGAUUAUUGCCAACUUCAGAAGGUGGCUCUGUGGAUUCAAGUAAUGAUGAAAUUUAUGGUCUACCGAAAUUACCUGAUAUUCUAAAUCAUGGUCAAAACAAUCAAAAUUUGUACUCUGAUGGCAGAAUCGCUUCUGGUAGCGAUAUGGAUAAGAAAUUGGAUCUUCCUCACGAGUCCACAACGAGAGCUUUGUUUUUCUCGAAACACAUGACCAUUAGAAUGUUGUUAUACCUAUUAAACUACAUUUUGUUUACCCAUUAUGAACCAAUGGGCAGUGAAGAUCCUGGUACUAAUAUUUUAGCCAAGGAGUAUGCUCAAGAAGCAUUGAACUUUGCAAUGGACGGUUAUAGAAACUGUAUGGUUUUCUUCAACAAUAUCAGAAAUACUAAUUCAUUAUUCGAUUAUAUGAACGUUAUUUUGUCUUAUCCUUGUCUAGACAUUGGUCACCGUUCUUUACAGUUCAUCGUUUGUUUGAUCUUAAGAGCUAAAUGUGGUCCUUUGACUGGUAUGCGUGAGUCUUCCAUUAUUACUAACGGUACGUCAAGUGGAUUCAACAGUUCUGUAGAAGAUGAAGAUGUUAAGGUGAAGCAGGAAUCAUCCGAUGAAAUGAAAAGAGAUGAUUUCAUGAAAGACGUUAAUUUGGAUUCCGGCGAUUCACUGGCGGAAAUUCUAAUGUCGAGAAUGCUGCUAUUCCAAAAGCUAACGAAACAGUUAUCCAAGAAGUACAAUUAUGCCAUUCGUAUGAAUAAAUCUACUGGAUUUUUUGUUUCUCUGUUAGAUACACCUUCCAAGAAAUCAGAUUCGAAAUCAGGUAAUGGCUCAUUCAUGUUGGGUAAUUGGAAACAUCCAAAGGUUUCUAAUAUGAGCGGCUUCCUUGCCGGUGAUAAGGACCAAUUGCAAAGAUGUCCUGUGUAUCAAGAUGCACUAGGGUUUGUUAGCCCGACUGCUGGUGUUAAUGAAGGUUCUGCUUCAGGUCAAGGUUUAGCCUUACAAGGCUCCACAGCUAGGAUGGGAGGAACCCAACUACCCCCAAUCAGAUCAUAUAAGCCCAUUACAUACACUAGUAGUAAUCUACGCCGCAUGAAUGAAACGGGUGAGGCAGAAGCCAAGAGAAGGAGAUUCAAUGAUGGAUAUGUCGAUAGCAGUAACAACGAUAUGGCUAGAGGACUAAGCCCAAAGGCUCCUAGUGGGUUAUCUUCGGUUCAGCCACUUUUGUCAUCAUUCUCCAUGAACCAAUUGAACGGAAACACCAUCCCAACGGUACCAUCAUUGACUAAUAUUACCUCCCAAAUGGGUGCUUUACCAUCUUUGGAUAGAAUCACCACGAAUCAGAUGAAUCUACCGGAUCCAUCCAGAGAUGAGGCAUUCGACAAUUCCAUUAAACAAAUGACCCCUAUGACAAGUGCGUUUAUGAACGUUAAUACUUCAAUAUCAAACUCGACCAUGAAUGGGAAUAUGAACGUGAAUGCAGCUGGUACCGCGAAUACAGAUACAAGUGUAAAUGGCAGUGCUUUAUCGAGUUUGACAAGUCCACAAGGUUCGGAUUUAGCAUCCAAUUCUGCUACGCAAUAUAAGCCUGACUUGGAAGAUUUCUUGAUGCAAAACUCUAACUUCAAUGGACUGAUGAUAAAUCCUUCCAGCUUGGUAGAAGUCGUUGGUGGAUACAAUGACCCUAACAAUCUUGGAAGGAACGAUGCGGUUGAUUUCCUACCCGUUGAUAACGUUGAGAUCGAUGGACUAGUUGAUUUUUAUAGAGCAGAUUUUCCGAUCUGGGAAUGA